CGUCACAGCGUGUCACACACAACCCAUGCUCACCUGCUGAGCUCCCAACACAGUGGGUUCAAUUGGUUCAAUUGGUUCAAUUGGUUCAAUUAGCCAUGGAAUCGUCCACCCCCGUACCCCAGACAGAGUCAACGGUCAACCCACCGCUGAUCAAUGGCACGUCCAUUCGUCAGCGAGUCCAUUCGCUAGAGGAUCCGGAUGAGGAUUGCGUCAACGUGUUUGGCGAUGAGGAUUUGGUUGAGCGCGAACUCAAGGAUGAAUCCCUCAUGCAAAAGAUGCUCAUCUCGCAUGACCUUUUGGAGCAAGAACAGAAGGUCAAAUUUGCCAAUGCCCAGGAGGCGAAAGCCGAAGCCGAAGACACCAUCACGGCCCCCCACGCCCAAUCACCCGCCCAGGAGCCCUCGCUAAGUCGGGAAGAUCGGUACAAGAAGUUGAUGGAUCUAUUGGGACGAUCCACCUUCUAUUCCCAGUUCUUGCUCAAAAAAAUGCAGGACGAGGAUGAGGCCAGCAAGCUCAAGGAACAAAAACUUGCCGAGCGGAAGAAGCUCAAGAUGAAACUGGUAAAAGAAACGAAAGCCAAGCCUAACCGAGGUCGGAAGCGCAAACAGGAUGCGGAAAAGCACGAGGCCAAGGAGGUGAAGGAGGAUGGCCAUCCGGUCGAGUCCAAUGGACCGGCGGCUCGCGCUUAUCAGGGCGAAGAUAUUCCGGAUGAACAACCUCUGCUGUUGACGGGGGGCGUAAUGCGUGACUAUCAGGUCAAAGGCUAUCAAUGGAUGGCCACCCUUUUUGAGAACGGGAUCAACGGGAUCCUGGCUGACGAGAUGGGCUUGGGAAAGACCAUUCAGACGAUCGCAUUAUUUUGUCACUUGAUUGAAAUGGGUGUGCCCGGACCAUUUCUGGUGGUGGCCCCUCUGUCUACAGUGCCCAAUUGGGUGAAGGAGUUCCAACGAUUUGCCCCCCAAAUUCCCGUCACUCUGUAUCACGGCUCGCCCAAGGAGCGCAUUGAAAAACGGCUCAAGCUCAAGGAGAAUCACGUCAUCGAAGGAAUACCCAAUAAGGUCAAGAGUGUCUUUGUCACUUCCUUUGAGAUUGCCAUGAAUGAUCGAGUCAACUUGCGGCAUGUUAAUUGGCGAUACAUUGUGGUAGACGAAGGUCAUCGCUUGAAGAACACCAAUUGCCGAUUGAUCAAGGAGUUGCGGCAAUACCAAUCCGUGAAUCGACUGCUCUUGACCGGCACGCCUCUCCAAAAUAACUUGGCUGAGUUAUGGUCGUUGUUAAAUUUUCUUAUGGCGGAGAUCUUUGAUGACUUAAGAGUGUUCGAAUCAUGGUUUGAUGCUAAAGAUAUGGACCAAGACACGAGCGAAUCGGAUCGGAUUUUGAUGCAAGAGAAACAGAACAAUAUUUUGUCGACCCUCCACCAGAUUUUGACUCCAUUUUUAUUGCGACGAGUUAAAGCUGACGUGGAUUUGAAAAUUCCCCCCAAGAAAGAGGUUCUGGUAUAUUGUCCCAUGACAUCCAAACAAAAAGGGAUGUAUGAGAAUAUUGUGACCAAAACCCUGAAGGAACAUUUGAGCAAAAACAAAGAGAUAGAGCAGGAAUUGGAAGUAAACAAGAUUGCCGGACGAGGAAUGAGAAAGAAGCAUGCCGUGGAUUAUAAGAUUUUUUUGGACGAAGGCGUCAGCGCCAAGAAACUCGAAGCGAUUGUGGAGUCCUUGAAUAAGAAAGAAGCAGAGUCCAGUCGAGGAAGCUUUGCCUACAAUGUUGAUCGGCUCUCUGCUGAUGUUAGGAUUAGUUUCAAGAACAGCAUGAUGGACUUGAGGAAGGCUACCAACCAUCCAUAUCUCAUUGAGUACCCUUACACGGAAUGUGGAAACUUUUAUCGUUCAGAUCAAGAGAUGAUUGACGUGUGCGGCAAGUUAAAGGUCUUUGACCAAUUGCUCCAAGAGCUUGUCAAGCGUGGUCACAAGAUUUUGAUCUUUUCUCAAAUGACCAAGAUGUUGGAUAUUUUGGGAGAUUAUCUUGAGUUGAAGAAGUACAAAUUUUCUCGAUUGGACGGAUCAAUGCAAUUCGAGGACAGACAAGCCAACAUUGAUAGCUUCAACGAAGAUCCCUCAGUCAAUGUGUUCCUUUUAUCUACUCGUGCUGGUGGCCUGGGCAUCAAUUUGACUGCGGCUGAUACUUGCAUCAUCUAUGAUUCCGAUUGGAACCCGCAACAAGAUCUUCAGGCGCAAGAUCGAUGUCAUCGCAUUGGGCAAACCAAACCUGUCAUGGUUUAUCGGUUGGUCACUGCCAAUACAAUUGACCAAAGAAUUGUAGAACGGGCGGCUGCCAAACGAAAACUCGAAAAGUUGAUUAUUCACAGCAAGAAAUUCAAAUCCCAAGACAACGAAGGUUUGAAAAAGACUAUGGAAGCCAUUUCACCUCAAGAGCUACUCGAAUUGCUCCAGUCCGAAGAUCACGCUGGCGUUAUUGACCGUGAAGAAGGGGCUAUUUUGAGCCAAGAUGAACUUGACUUGCUUUUAGAUCGAAGCGAUCUCACGUGGAAGAAUUUCGGUGAACGUUCCAAAAAGGUUAAAAGGGACCAAAUCAAGACGGGUAAUUCCCAAGUGAGAAGUGAGGGUCUUUUUAAAGUUGUAGAUACAGAAGGAAUUCCGACUGGGCUAUCGUCUAUCAAAGAGGAUUGAUCACCGGCACAGUAUUACGAAAUUGAAUUAUAUAUUCCAUACCUUCGAAAUCCUGA